GCAACAAACUACUAGACCUAGUCUCUUAUCCUCACACGGUCAAAAUAUCAUGGUACUGAGUACUAGGACCCAGUGCUCUAGCACGAGUAUUCUUCUCACGGCCGCAGACUUGAGUCUUAGAAAAAAAGAAGACGAAGAAAACAGACGCUCUCGAUGCCACCAGAAAAACCCUCCUAAAUCCUCUGUCCUUCCGUCUAUCAUGCUACUGAGUGUCUAAUAUAGAAUAUAAGUGAAUGAAGUUAUGGCUUCCAGGCAAUCAAGCCGUCGUCGAGGGAUUUCUUUACCGCAGUUUCAAAGCGUAGGCGAACGGUUCGGUCACCCUUCAAUCCACAAGUCUUACAUGCGAGAAAGGUUUGCAGCCAGUGCGAAUUUGUACAGAACGAACUUUCGAGGGCAUUUUGGCUGCGUGAAUGCUAUCGAGUUCUCAAAUAAUGGAGGGGAGUUUAUCGUAUCAGGUGGAGAUGACAGAAGAGUCUUGCUGUGGAAUGUUGAAAAGACACUCUAUCGUCAAGAAGAGCCAGUAUCAAUGAAAGGACAGCACAGGUCCAAUAUAUUUUGCACAGUCUUUGAUGGGGAUAAUAGACAUAUAUUUUCGGCAGGGAAUGACGAUCAAGCAGUGAGGCAUGACAUAUUAACUGGAGAGACGUUGGGUGUAUAUUUCCAUGAUGACCCUGUCUAUGGUUUAAGUGUUCACCCAGAACAAGAGAAUGUCUUUCUGACGGCAUGUGAUAAUGGCAAGGUACAACUGUGGGAUGCGAGGAAUACAACAGCUGGUUCUUCUCAAUAUAUAGCUGAUUACUCCUCUGCAUUUCACGCUGCUGUUUUCAAUCCUGUGAAUAGUGUUCUGAUUGCAACAGCUAAUUCAUCAAAAGGUGUUCAAUUAUGGGAUGUUAGAUUCCCAAAGAGAGUACUACAUGAGUAUAACAGUGCAAUACCCAAGUUAUGUGCAAUGGGAGUCAAAUGGAACAUGACAGGCACCUUUCUCACAGCUCUGCGACGGCGAUUACCUCCAGUUUUGUACAGUAUCGAGCAAACUCCUGCCCUGGUAGAGUUUGAACAUCCUGGUUAUAAUAAUGUCUGCACGAUGAAGAGCCACUGUUUUGCUGGAGACAAGGAUCAGUACAUAAUAUCUGGCUCAGAUGACUUUAAUAUAUAUGUAUGGAAAAUUCCUGAAAUAAUAAGUAGCACAGCAAUGCAAGAACCCAUCACUGUUGACAGAGCAUUUCUAGUUCUCUCUGGUCACAGAUCUAUUGUUAAUCAAGUUCGUUAUAACCCAACCACAUGUAUGAUUAUUUCUGCUGGAGUAGAAAAAAUUAUUAAGGUUUGGAGUCCUUGGAAUCUUCCUGGAGGUCAGGGAAGUAUCUACAAAACAGAAUCAUUAUCAGAGCCCAAGCGCAUCCUCUAUACCCAUGAUGACUAUGUGAAUCUUGUGCUGGACAGUGGCCAACCCCUGACCCAUGAGUAUGAAGGGGGGUCCAUAGAUGAAGAUCCCAGGAUGUUGGCCUUUUUUGAUUCUCUCAUUGAGCGAGAGCAGAGAGGAUGGAACUCCAGUGAAAGUAGUUUAUCUGGUGAAGAUAUCUAUGCACGUUUUUUGGGGCUCAGAAGUAGCGAGAGCAGUACAGAUAGUGAUACAGAUGUAGCAAUUACCAGAAGGACUCAUAAUAUCAUGGCAAGUGAAUCACAUAACUCUGAUGAUGAAAGUGAUCUUGCUAAUUCAUUAGCUGUCCUCCAGAGAAUGCGACGUAUUCGUAGAGCAGCAUUCCUAAGGGGACUUCAGAGAGCUACUGAAACACAAGAGGGUGAAAGUGGCCAGGAGAAUUCUCCAGGAUAUUUUUUACGACAUGUUUCUAGAGAACUGAGAAGGGAAAUUGAAGAUGGAACUUCUAAUUCAAAUGAUUCCCAAAGUAAUUUUUUACAACAAAUUACGAGGGAAGCAAUCAUAUCAUCCUCUGAUGAUUCUGAUGAACCUAAUGUCAGACUAGCCCUUCCUGAGCAAUUACUUGAAGAUCAUUCGAAUGAGACAAAUUCUGAAACAGUAGCAUUCCGUGCGACAAGGGUUCGGGAGAGGGGGCGACAGUAUAGAAUAAGAACUAGAAUCUUAAGUAGCGACAGCAGCUCAAGAGAAGACAAUGAAACAGCUACAAAUUUGAAUCAUGUUAAAAUAGCUAGGAGAAAUAAUAAAAGAAGGCAGUUAUCAUCGUCAUCCUCGUCCUCAUCAUCAUCAUCGUCCAAGGAUAGUGAGUCAGAUGAUGAUGGUAGAUGUUGUCAAGCAACAACAACCAAAAGGAAAAGAAUAAAGACACAACCAGAAUCAGAUAACAAUGAAGAAUCUAACACAUCUAAUAAGCCAAAUGAUAUGUUAAUAGAUGAAAAUGACAGUCAUAACAAUGAAUAUACAAACAGUGCAGUCACAGAAAAUGGAAGGCUUAGUUCUUCAAAUGAUGUGUUUACUGAUCAAAAAGAAGAUAAAGGAGAAGCACAGGAAAAAUCAUGUUAUCGCAAUGGACAAAACCCCAAUACAGUUCAUAAUCAUAACAUGCAAACAUCAAAUGGACAUUAUACUGAAGGUUAUAGCAGCUCAUUGGGUAACAUUAAUAAUCACUCAGCUCCAGACUGCAGCAAUGUGCUCCAUGCAGAUGAAACUACAAAUCAAUCUCAAAAUGAUCUGAACAUUUUGGAUGGGCAGAAAACUUGAAUCAAGAAGCAGUACAGAUGCCAAAACAACACUCCAAUAUCUUAAAUCAGUUGACCUUAGUCUUAGAAUAAAGCACUCUUACCUACUACUACUGUUAGUUUUGAAUGGAACUCUUUGUAUUGCUCAUGAAAAAAGGAGCUCAGGACCUUAGAAAAACACCUGAUAAAAGAAUAAUUACAACUUUGGUAAAAGAUAAAUUCAUUAAAAAGCAGAUAAACACAUUCCAGUUUUUGCAAAAUAUAAGAGCAAAAUAAUGUCAAGAAAAUAUUA